AUGGCGAGCUGGGUCGCUCUGAACGUUGAGCCCGACGACGCCGUUGAGGAGGAGGUCGACGAUACCAAGGAGCUUCAGAUCGAAGAGGCUCUGAAGCUAUAUCAGAGUGCAUUGAAGCUCCAUGCACAAGGCCCUGACUUUUAUCAUCAAGCGGCGGAAGCAUACGAGGCUCUUCUCGGCUCGGAGAUCUUUAAAUACCCUGAAUCCAUCUCGGACUUCAAGCAGGCGCGGCAAUCAGAUACGCACAGCGCCGGCCGUGUCGAUGAAAGCCCUACCGAAGCGGUCGCCUUCAAUGUCAACGAUUCGACAUCCAGUCUGUUCCAAACGCUCUUCCUAUCCUACAAGAACCACGGGAGAUACCUUCUCGACUCGCUCGAAGAUACUGUACGGAAUGCGCGCCAGGACACUGCACAGGAUACAGCACAAAAGACAAUCAAGGCAACGAAGGAAGCUUUGGGUUCAUUUGCGGAUGCCCUGGAACGGGAUGACACCGAUCUCAAUCUGUGGAGACAAAGUGCACGGCUCAGCAGUGCCCUGAAGAGUUACCGCUUGAACCGGUUCUGCUUAGAGAGUGUGCUGGCAGAUGACGACAAUCGUCUAGAGAUACGUUCAGAACAACUUGGGCUGGAGGAGAUAUUUUCAGAGGAGCGUCUGCGGAGCACUCUCACGUCUCUUUUUGAUGGGCUAUCUGCUUCUCAAGUCCCCGUCAAGAAGCCAAAGAAGGCUCUCGUGAAAUAUCUCAAGCAGCACGAAGACUCGUAUCCCUACUUACCCAAUCUUCCAGCCGAUUUGGAGUCGCUUGAUCCGUCCAAAGGCCCUCUUGCUCUCUCCACCUCUAGACGGGAGAUAACUCCUUCGAGUUCAACCUGGGAAUCAGUUGGGAAAGCCAUUCUUCAAGCACUUGAUGCUGAGGACGAGGCGUCGCUGGCGGCCGCUCCGAGCCAGUCUAUUCGCAUAAAUUUACCGCAGAGAGGCUCGGAAGCGGCCGAGUCUAUAAAAACGGAGGAAGCAGAGAAAGCUCCUGAGCUCGAUCGCGACGAACCUAAAGUUAUGGAUGAAGAUGUGGACAUGGUGCAAGAGGGCGAGCAAGGCACGGAGCCCGAGAAGCCGCCUGUGGAGACCACCGAAGCACCAAAUGAGGCACCUGAAGAGCAGUCCUCAAUCGACCAGAGUGCAGAGAAGCAGCUCAGGGAGUCAUUGCAAGGUCACUACUCUGUGCAACCGCCCGAAGCACAAGUUGCUGAAAACGAUGCCGAGGCCGAGGCUGAGGAAACGGAGCCCAAAUCCCCAUCUGGAGCUCGUAAAAGAUCGUCGGCAUCAGCCGCAAACGACGAACAGCAAGAGGGGCGAAUGAAGAGUCGGCGAACACGAGCGCGUGAGUCCAACGCCGACGGACUAAUAGUUCCGGAGGAGAUUGCUUUUGACCAAGAGAAAUACUACGAGAGUCGUCUGGAGAUUUUCGUCAAUGCGGAUGACUGGAUGUUCAACACGGUCAGCUCUCUGUAUUCGAAGGUUGGCAUUGAAGCGCUAGGAAGCAUCGAAGGUCUGAGAGAAAAGGCAACAGCUGCGAUCGAUGCCGAAGAUACUCCGCAAGAGACUGAAUCCAGAUUAAUCCAUGACCUGCGUGGAACUCUCAAGGGUUGGGAUGAUGCGAAGUCCCGCUUGAUGCAUCAAAAAGACGACCUUUCCUCUCUGAAGGAUAUUCGGGGCACUAGCAAGUCUGGCUUGGCUGUUUUCCUUGAGCACUCAAGAAAAUCAACUCGCAAGCAGACACUCCAGGAAGAAUUGCCAUCUGGAGAGGAACUGCAUUCCUUUUCAGACUCAGUCAACAGCGAGUGGCUACACCCACACGAUACUUCAUUCGAAUGGCUCAAAUGCCUACUUAUGCCGGCAUUUGGAGAAGCUUCCUCGGAAUGGCCGGUCAUGAAAUCGGCAUAUGAGUUUUUCCUGUGGCCCAGUGGACUCAAGGAGACUGUCUUGGUUCUCUUGCUUCGAGAGGACGAGUUUCUUUAUUCCAGGCUGAGCGAGCUUAUCGCAAACCUCGAACGUCGCAUCCUUGACUCGAACGACGAAGCUCCUUUCCAUUACCAGACAAAGGACUUUUUCGAACUUGAAAUGAUCCAGUCUAUUUAUGAGCUUCACUUGGACAUCUUUGCCUCUGUUGAAAACCUCAGCAGUGAGACGAGCCAAGCGAAAAGACUGGCCCAGAGUGAUCGAUUAGCCAGAUGGGGAAUGCUCGCCAGAUCUUCCUUGGAUCAUUUCAUUGAUCACUGCCCGUCCGAUGAAUGCCGACAAAAUAUUGCUCUUCGUCAUCUAUGGACAUCGGCGUUCCAUGUAAACCUUGCUGGCGAAUCUCAACGAGAGCACAUUUUGCUUUGUCUUCAAGAUCUAAAGCAUAUUUUGCAGUCGAUUGGCGACCCAAGUAUCAGCCUUGUAAAUAACUCCGCCAUGUCGGAAAUGUCUGCAGCCACGAUCGACCAAGAAGUCCUGAAGCUGAAGUGCAUGGAUUUCUUCGCAAAGGUUUUCAAUUCUGAAUCUGAAGAUCCAGUAUCGCUGAUUGAAGCCAUUGAACCUAUUCUUGAGCCUUCGUCAAUUGAAUACGUGGAGGGGUCAUCUGAGCAAAGUGAAAUGAGUUCCCCUUCUUCACAUCUUACCGAGAUGGUUUCCUUCCUUGACCGAGGAGAUGCCACCCUGCGCUUGUUUCUCUGGCGGAGACUCCAAGAAGCAUAUCAAGCUAUCGACUAUCCUCCCAAGGUUGUGUCCUGUUAUUUACGAAGCAUCGAGACGAUUAUGACAGAACUUGAAGAUGCAAAGCAUAUCGAGGAAACAGACGGACAACGACAGCUUUCCAUGCUGGGCUGGCUCAAGUCACUUGAUGGAAUCUUGGCUAAAGCCAUUCCUCUCAUCCUGCAGCAGUCAGAACAAGCCUAUGAGUGUGUGGACAUGGAACAUUUGCAAGCUUCCAUAUCUGCAGUGGCUCGACUGGUGAGGCUGCUUCAUAGCUUCAUCUUGUAUGAAGACUCAGUACGGGUAGGCCAAACCUCCGGACGCGAGUUUCGUGGGUCUCUAGCCAAAUCGUUGGAGAACUUCAAGGAAAGGUUGCGGGAGCUAUACGUCCGCUGCUGGAUCCUGCAAUAUACCCUUUUCGUGGAAGCAAUUUCUCAGAACAAGGACCUUUUCGAUGAGCCGUUGGAAGAUCGUGUUCAACUACUUCGGUGCGUACACAAUGCGCUUGGCAUUCGUUCCAUGUGCAGAUACUCCCAAAAGCGCUUCCUGAAACUCAUGAAAUCCGAGCUGUUCGAUCUUGAGACCAAAGGAGACUAUGAGCUUGACAUCUGCCAGGUUCUUUUCGACCUCCAUGGUAUCAAGUUUUCGCCGUUUGAUGGAACUGCUGAUCAUGGAUGCUCCCCUGAAAAACUGGAUCGCCCUACAGCCAUAGCAAUGAUCGAUUUUGUUAUGAGACAAGCACAGAAGAUGAAUAUGAAGGACCUGUCGAAGUCCGAGUUGAAAACGACCAUUGAAAAGAUGCAACAGGCGAUUGGCCCUGCAAAGCUUCCAUCGCAAUCGCCGCAAAUGAGCUUCAACCGUCGUGUGUUCAAUGCAUACAUCAAGGCCCCAGUUAAUCCCUCGAAUCUUCUUCGCGCCGUCCAGGGCGUAACGGACCUCUCCAUGAUGACAGUGCCUGGAGAAAAUGCAACAAUCGCGGCGAAAGGCUGGUAUUUUCUCCUCGGUCAUGCUGCGCUCACCAAAUUCCGGUCUCAAAAACGGCUCGGUCCGGGGUCAACUUCGGAGCUAGAUGAUGCCAUCAACUUCUUCAGGCAGGAUCUGGACCAUGGGACUGGAAGAUGGGAGACCUGGUAUCGGCUCGCGCAGGCUUAUGAUGCGAAGUUGGAGGAAGACAUCACCUGGGCUGCGGACAAGAUCAACAACAAUCGCAGUGACUUGGCAACCAUCCAGCGAUACGCCAUCCAUUGCUAUGCAAUGGCCGUCUCCACAGCCAUCAGAACCGCGGAGCCAACGACAGAAACUCGUGCGCUUUUAUCAGAUCUGUACACCGAUUUCGGAAUUCGCAUGUACUCUUCUUCUCGGGAGCCGCUUUCAAUGGGUGCCUUUGGCCUCACCGAUUUCUCUCGUCACUUCAGCAAUGCAGAGAGUCAACAAAUGUACAAAAGCCAGCCAUUUAAAGAGAUGUCUCUAUACACGGUCUGGAACUUCGCCAGCAAUCUUCUCAGAAGGGCAGUCACCGACAAACCAAAUCGCUGGAUAACGCAGUACUUCCUCAGCAAGUGUCUCUGGAAGAUGUUCAAUUGCGACGACUCGAAGCGAACGACUUCAAAGCGAAUUGAAAUGCAAGAUGUAGUUGACGCUCUUAUUGAUGCGAUCGCAGCCCUUCCGCAACGAAAAGAUUCCCGCUCUGAUCCCAUCUUCGAGCCCCAUUUCAAGCUCUUGUCUGUGGUUCACAAACUCGUCGUGAGCGGAAAGAUGACUCCCGUCGAAGGAAGCCAAGUCCUUCUGGCGACGCCAUGGGCUCGCAAGGUGGAUGCUCCUGAUAGCACCGAGGGCUGGAAACCAUACAUCCUUGAGGUCAUUAAGAAGUUUAAGAGCGGCGAUAAGUCGAAUUGGCAUCACAGGAUAAGCGCUAAGGCUGCGCAUGUCAUUUAUGAUGAUCAGAAGAACGCAGCAGCAGCAGCCGCAGCAAAACAAGAAUUGUCUCAGAUCUUUACCAAGACGCUCACCAUUCAAGUGUGGCGUCCUGAGUACGAACGUCCCGGAAGACACUUUGUCUACACAACCCGUUACGUCUAUUUCUUCGUCGACCUUCUCGAUGAACUCGACGAUCGUGCAAGUCUAGAUCAAUUGCUUCGACGCGUGAGGAAGAAGCAAGGCGAUUUCAUCAAUCACACCAAGCUGUGGGAGGAUAUUUGCUUAACGUACGCCAAGAUGAUUCGGAGAGCUGCGCACAUCAAAGAGGGACACGAGGAAGGUGUCUUCAGGCCUAUUGGCUGGGAAGAAUUCUCCACCAAGACAGCCCGACUCGAAGACUUGAAUCAACUAGCGGCAGAGAGUCAGCCACUUCUUGAGCUAAUUCGUGAUUCCCUGGAGCUGAAGAAGCUCAAUAACAACUUGAUGAAAGUUACCAUGUUUGAAGAUCUUAUCGCGGAUCUUUACGCCCGCGUCUACGAGCUCAACAUGCCCCAGCUCAUCGAGCAGGUCAACGAGGAAAACAAAGAGAAGAUGAAGGUCGAUCAUCUUCUCAUGGCAGGUGAUGCCACUACCGAGGUGUCCACACCGGCAAGCUCUGCCCCAGCCGCUGACACUCCGGCACCCCGAGGACGCACCAAGGGUAUUGCCCGUCGAGACAUCCAGAAACGAGCUGAUACAAUCGUCAAUCUCAAACUGGGGCCUCGUACUACAGCCAAAUUCACCGCUGCAACGGAGCCUGAACAGCCCUCAUCAGCACCACGAAGACCCAGUACGACUGCUACAUCAGGACCUACUUCUGCUCCUCAAGAGCCUGGGAAGCAAGCAUCAACGACAGAAAACAAUGUUGCUGUACAGCCAAGUGACCCCAACAGCACGCAGGACAGCGAUGACGAAGGCGACGACGAGUUAAAACCGAAGAAGUUGGAGAAGCCUUUAUUCCCGAACUUGAACAAGACUGACUCGGGUACUGUCGACACCGAGGAUGAGGGUGCUGGCAGCAGUGACGAAGGUGGCGAUGAAGCCGAAGGAGACGAAGGAGAUGGGGACGAGGACGAAGAUGGCAACGACAAUGAAGGCGAAGGCGAGGCUGAGAUUCCUGGCGAGGAAGCCCAAGAAGAUGACGAUGGCGGUGAUGAUGAGAUACAAGACGACGAUGGCGAAAAUGAUGAUACAGAAGACAGGGGACCUGCCGAUGAGUCUACCAAAGCUAGUGAGGAACAGACUGAUGCACCCAAAGACGAGGACUCCGAGAAGCCGGAUCCCAUCGAUGUCACACCUGCAUGA